UAUGUUUCAUUAAAAAUGCCUUUUGUGAAGUGGAAUUAGUCAUGUAAGUUCAUGCGGAUGGAAGUAAAAACCAUGUGAAGUGGGUGCAGGAUGAGCUUUUGUGACAAAGCUGCCGCCCUCGUUUGCGUAAUUAUCAGGCCGGACUCAUCAUGGCAGCACGGGCAGAGAGAGGCGGGUUCGAGGAGGUCAGCAUUCACAGACAAUAUCUCGCCCACAGGUCCAGAGUACGUCAUGGAUGCCUCACCAACAAUAUGUUAUGCAACCAACUGGUGCUGUGAUCACACCCGCCAUGGAACACACCAUGUCCAUGCAGCCGGCCAGCCUGAUUGGGCCCCUGACCCAGCAGAUGAACCACCUCUCUCUGGGCACUACAGGAACUUACAUGACCGCUGCGGCCGCAGCUGCACCUAUGCAAGGGACGUACAUUCCCCAGUACACUCCUGUGCCUCCUUCCGCCGUCCCAGUCGAAGGAGUGGUGGCGGAUGCCUCGCCCCAGACGGUGGCCCCCUCCUCGCAGGACGCUGGCGGUACACAGCCCCCACUGCAGGUGGAGAACGCCACUGAUCACGCGUCCGUCUACUCCUACCAACAGUCGAAAUAACACGGGACAGAGGGGCAUUACCUGGGACUGCAUUGCCUUGAGUUGGGGGGAGGGGGUGCUGGGGAGGGCUGCACUGAGACUGAGGCUGCACAGCCCCCAAAAGGACACUUCUUCAUUUUCCACGGGGUCCCGCCAAGGAGGUUUGUGACGGGCAGAGCCGUGAGCUGCAGUCUAGUAGCCUGAAAGCCUCAAAAAGGCUGAAUUUUUUUCUUCACAAAAUUUCCUGAAUAAAAAAUAGAAAAUAUUAAAAAAAAAAAAAAAAAAACGUGCUGGUAGGUCUCAGAGGCGGUGAGGUUUUUUAAAUUAGGAGAGGAAGCCAGUUUGAGAAAAGUUGUCUUCCUCUGAUAUUAAACUACUCUUCCUUUUCAUUUUUUUAUUACUUGUGUUAAACUUUAGUUUUCUAGAGAACUUUAGCUACGUUUUUUUUCUUGAAUCUUUAUUGCCUUAAUUUCAAGGACGUCAGAGACUUUUCCAGAAGCGAUCAGUCACACGUCUUGUUAAAAAAAAAAAAAAAUCUAAUGAAUGAAAGUCGCUUGGACCAAUUGAAUGGUACAAGAUAUUAAACAGAGAUGAGCUGAGAAGAGAGAGAUUGAAAAAAAAUAUUGAAUAAGCUGUACAGAUUUAAUAGAGAAGAUGUUUCUUUGUUAGAAGUGAACUUUAUUCAUCAGUGGCAACCAGGAAGCUUAUCGUGGGGCGGGAGGGAGGGGGGGUGGGGAACGAAACGGCCAUCUUGGAAAAGGGGACUCAGAGAUUUCCAGAACAAGGAACAGUUGCAGCGUCGGCAGAAUUUGGCCUCUGUUGCAAAGCGUGCAGAACAUGUUUCUUCUUUUUUAUGUUUGUUUUUAUUUCAUUUAAUGCGGCAGAAUUGCUAUUGACGGCAUUAGUGCUUUUUACCCGCAGCCUUUUUUAAGAGCUAUAUGAUGUUUUUAGCCUGUGUUGCUUGUCACAUUGCAAAAAAAAAAGAAAAAAAAAAAACUUAUGAAAAUAAAUAAAAGCUAAAGGAAUUGAAAAAAGCUAAA